GCAAAACAAGUUGAGAAAUUCUCUAUUGAGUGUCUGUGCUGCCCUAGUGUGCGUGUCGGUGGGCCGCUAUAGUCGCAAUAGUUUUACAAAUUUAGUGAGCAAGCGCCAAACCGAGUGAAAGUGACCCUAAAACAAGAGCCAAAGAUACUCAAAAGAAGUGCAUAAGCCCCUUGAGAUAAACACAAUCAAUUAGCAAACAUGUCGGACAAUGAGCAGGUUGUUGCUGCCGCCGAGGAGCAGGCCAAGACAAGCCCCGAUCCGGUGCCAGCCGCCGAUGACGAUGGCAGCAAGACCAGCGUCGUCACCGAACGCACCGAGGAGGUGAUUCCCGGCGAGACCGAGAAAAUGGUCACCGAAGCCAUCGACGAGGACGGCGAUGUCGUUGAGGAGACAACCGAAGUGACCCGCAAGACCGUCAAGCGUACCAUGAAAAUAACCGAGACUUCGUCCACCACAAAGACAACAACGCUCACUACGCCGGCCAAGCUGUACGGCAAGGACUUGAGCGAAUACGAUGAUGUGGAUGUGGAGAGUCUGUUGGCGCAACUGUCGCCCGAGGAGAUAACCAUACUGGCCAAAGAGGUUGAUCCCGAUGACAACUUCCUGCCACCAGACCAGCGCUGCAGCUACGAGUGUACCAAGGAUGCUACCGGGCCGCUGAAUCGCAAACAGCUCAUCGAGCAUAUUAACAAGCAGGCAAUCGAGACACCCGAUCAGCCGGAGUUUGAGCCGUAUGUGCAGGGCAAGGUGCGCGGCAAGAAGUGGGUGCCACCACCAAGGGAUGCGCGUGACAUUGAGGCGGAGGAACAGAUCGCCAUUGACAUGGGCGAGGAGUACGAGCAUGCUCUCAGUGAUGCCACGCAGGAGGAAAUUAUCGAUCUGGCUGCCAUUCUUGGCUUCCACUCGAUGAUGAACCAGGAUCAGUACCACGCCUCACUGCUGAACAAGGGCCAGCCGGUUGGCUUGGGCUGGGAUGGCAUCACAAAGUCCACACAGCAGAAGUUGUUCCCCAUGGAUCCGCCCAACAGCACAGAUGUGGAUGAGUCAAUCAAGCGCGUCAAGGAUGACGACAACAAGCUAGUUGACCUGAACUUGAAUAACAUUAAGAAUAUAUCGGAUGAGAAGUUCGAACAGCUCUUUGCAGCACUGCCUCAGAAUGAACAUUUGGAAGUUCUAUCGCUGACAAACGUCGGACUGACCGAUAAGACAGCUCUCCUGCUCGCCGAAGCGAUCGAGAAAAGCAAAACCCUGAGAGUAUUAAAUGUGGAAACCAACUUUAUCAGUCCGCCCGUAAUUGUCAGACUAGUGCAAGCUCUGCUCAAAUGCCACACCAUCGAAGAGUUCAGGGCCUCCAAUCAGCGAUCUGCGGUGCUUGGCAACAAGAUUGAAAUGGAGAUCACCAACUUGGUGGAGAAGAACCCAUCGCUACUGCGACUCGGCUUGCACCUGGAGUUCAACGAUGCGCGUCAUCGCGUGGCCGCCCAUCUGCAGCGCAACAUCGACAGAAUCUUCCGGGUGCAAAAACUUAAGCCCAAUUUGCCCAAAUUGAUAUUGCCCAGCAACAUGGAGAUUGAACGUGAUCUGGGUCACUCGGCAACGCCCUCGCCGUCGCCAUCGCCAUCACCGUCGCCACAGCCGCCGGCCGACUAUGAUGUGGAGGUGGAUCCCGAUAAUAUGGUCAUACGGGGCGGCGGCGGCGAUGCCUACGAUCCAGAGAUCGAUCCCGAUAAUAUGGUGGUGCCCGGCAGUCGGGCCGUGACGCCCAACUAUGACGACGAGGGCGUCUACCAAGCGCACACUUGGUCGUCAGCGGCGCAUGGGUCAUCUGAGCAGGAACUAUACCAUUGGCGUUUGGCCGUAGGCACCGAGACGUUCUGGCAGCCCCGGGCAGAUGCCUAUCGCAUACUCAUAUAUGUAUACAUGAUAUACCGGCUGAUAUGAACUAUACAUAUAUGCGUCCGAUUAUGUAGUUGAUAGUCCCAAUUGUUGUUGCUGUUUUACUCGAAAGUUGUGCCACUCGCUGGCUGCCCAACUUUUCGUUUGUUUCAAUGUUUGUUGCGUUCAAUGGAAUUUUAUUUCAAUUAUAAUAAUUUGUUUUUUUUUUUUUUUUUUUUUUUUGUACUGUCCGCAUAAGGGCUUUGUGUUCAUUUAUCAUAUGUUAGUUAUUUGAGUUAUGCAAAUGUUUGUUGUCGA